AAGUUAACUAAAUUCAAUUGCUUCCAGCACUUCCCAAGCACUUCUCAAACACUUCUCAAGUACUUCUACAAACCGUUCCCAGCGCAGCUACAUUAUGUUAAGGCGUGCGCACCAUAAAGCGUACCCACUGUUAAGCUACGCUAGACAAAGUCAACAACCUGGCGCUGAAUGUUAACAUAAAAGCUCAACGCUGCGCACACAACUUAAACUUUAUUUAAAAGCCGUUUGUUUCUGGCUUUGUUGUUGCUGUGCUUAGACUACCAACAAAAUGAAUUUUGAAUGAGCCUCGCGCGUCGACUGAGAUUCCGCAGCAAAACAAACACACAUACACACAGAGGGAGAGACACACGCACACACACAUACAUAGACAAUCGGAAUCGACUGUGGGCCCUCUGCAGCUGUGGCUGUGCUUGGGCUCCGCUGGCUGGCUAAUCGGUUAGUCUGUUUUUUAUUCUUGGCCCGGCAUGGUGCGUUGACGUUUCUGCCGCGGUUUGCCGGUUUCGUUAAGCGAGAAAGUCAACAGCAACAAAAUCAACGCAUCAAAAAGUUCGCUGCACUCCUCUAAACCCUGUCCCCCCUCUCGCGCGGUCACGUCGCACCAUUAUUGUCGUUGUUGUCGCAAUCAUAUAGCCGUUUUUAGCUGUCGCUGUCGCCGUCGCCGUCAGCGUCGACGUCAGCGUCUGCGUCAGCUUUGUCGCUGUCCGUUUUGAUUGUUGUGUGGUGUGUUUAUUUGUGUUUGUGUACGUGUGUGUGUGUGUGUCUGCGCGCGUACAAAGCCCAAAACUGAGCAUCAGCGACAGAUAUUUUAUAUCGAAACGAUCGCAUUUAUUUAUUUAUUUAAUUCUUGCGCGGCGUCGACGCCGCUGCCGCUGCCAACGCUGUGACGUCACGCGCACAACAUAAAGAUUUGAGCCGAAAAAGAAUUACCACACCUCAGGCAAAACGAAUACAGUGAAAACUCUGCAGAAAGAAACAACAAAAUUGCAAAGGCUCUUCGUAAAAUAAAGUGUAAAAUGGUUUAUUUUGUGUAAAAUCCGAAAAAAAUAAUUUAAAAAAUAAUUGAAAACAUGAAAUCUAGCUGCGUGUAUCUCAAAAGACAGAUUUGAUAAGAAAAUUGUGAGAAUAAGCGAGCUGCAUACUUUGUCUUUUGCUAGGUUAUGUUGUAAACAUAUAUAUAUAUAUAUUAUAAUUAACGGUGAAUAUGGCUGCGCCAAAAGCUCAGCUCUGUCUUGUGCUUGUCGCUUGAGCUCUUGUGCAGUUAUAUUUCUAACUGUAACUUUUAUUCAAGCAGCAGCGCCAAUUCGCCGUGCAGCUGAGCCAAUUCGCCUUAAAGAGCUUUCACUGUAGCAGCUCUUUUGCAAGACGCAGCGUGUUUAAUUGAGGAAUUAGCGUAAGAUCGGGCAAAAUGUGGGCGGCGCUCGUGUGGUUCGCCGUAAUUGGAACAACAACAACAACAACUGCGACAACAACAACAACUGCGACAACAACAACAACUGCGACAACAACAACAACAACAACUGCGACAACGUCUGCCCCCGCUAAAGGGGGGUUUCCGUGCGCCUAUGCAGACACGGUUAACAUAACGGACGGGCUGCGGCUGAAGGAUGGCUCCUACUCGUACGCGGGCGUCCUGGUGCCGCCGGAGCUGAUGGCCGAAUAUAGCUUCAAGGUCAUUGACGGCGUGGAGUACCGUGCGCCGAAGCAUUUGCGGGGCUGCGUUUGCCAGCUGAAGCCGUGCAUUACGUUCUGCUGUCCGCCGGAUAUGGUGUUCAAUGCGCAGAGCUGGAACUGCACGAAGCCGGCACAGGCGCGUGAGAUUAGCCACGUUGAGCUGACGUACGGCAAUCGGAGCGUGGCCCAGGUGAAGAUCCUGGAGCACUUUGUGGUGCGCACCGAGCUGGGCUGCCGGAACAAGUUCGUGGACACCAAGCACGACACCUUCUGGCAGUGGGAUCUGCAGGCGAACGGCAGCCUGCUGCGCGACGGACGCCUCUGGAGCACGGACGAGUACUGCUUCACGCCGCUGGAGCACAACAAGGCCUGGGAGCUGACCCCGCUCAACUGCGAGCGCUUCCAGCGCGGCUAUCGCGUCUGGAUCUAUGCCAUAUGCAGCAUCAUCGCCAUACUCAUCAACAUAUUCAUACUCUCCCUGCUGAGCUCCAUCAACGAGGCACGGCGCAGUCAUUACGGCCAGCUGAUCAUCUACUAUCUGCUCUCGGCCAUUGCCGGCUACUCGCUCCUGGUCUACCUGACCCUGAAGAAUCCCAUGAAUCUAUCCCACGAGGCCUGUCGCAACAUAGGUUUCUUGACCUACUUUUGCAUCAUGUUGUCCUUCGUCUAUUUGGCCAUGUUAAGUCUGGACUUUCUGCUCAAGUUCAGCCUGAAACCCGUCAAGACCUGGCUGCGCACCUUGUGCUUCUUUAUAGCCCUCGGCUGUGUCGUUGCGCUGCGUUUUCUGGUCUCCUUCGCGCAGGACUCCGAUCUGCCCAAGCACCUGAAGCCGGGCAUUGGCGAGGACUACUGCUGGUUCGAUGUGCGCUUGUGGGGCAUCCUGAUCUACUAUUAUGUGCCCAUUGUCCUGCUGUUGAUCUUCAGCAUCGGCUGCUGCCUGAAGGCCUACUUUGCCAUCUUUGAGCUGCCGGCGGACACGCAAUAUGUGCUCGGCACCGAGCUGCGGAUCAUGAAGACUCACUUCUACGCCUUCUCCGUGUAUUUGGUGGGCGUGUUCUCCGUUUGGGUGCGCGAAAUGAUCGUCUAUAUACUGGCCCGGGUGCGGGAGCACUUCUUCAUCAUCGAUUUCUGGAGCGGCAUUUGCAUCUUGGUGCUGGCCGUGGCCGGGUUCAUUCUGCUGCUGGGCAAGAAUAUGCACGUCAAGACCUGGUGGUCCAUCAAUGUCGAAUCGAGUCAGACGGAUCUGAGCAUUAUAAACGCACGUGUCUACAAAUUCGACGAGAAGGGCGAUCUUAAGAAUCCAGAUUCACCUUAUAGACCGACGGUGACAUCACUUUAACUGAACGCUGGACUCAUGAUUCACGGCUCGUAUUCAUGAUUCAUGAUUCAUCAGGGUAUUUGCUCAGCUUGGUUAUGAGUCAUUUGAGUCAAUGAUAGCAAAUAAUGUUAAGCAUUAAGCACUAUUAAGACUUGUUAUACUUACUUACGAUUAACGAUUAAACAUCGGUUUU